CUGCCAGAGAGAAAGAAGCUUGCUUAGGCUGCUAUAGAACUCUAUAAUAUUGAAUCACAAGAUGUCUAGAAACUUAAACACAUCGAUGAAUGGAACACACCUGCACGUACUCUGCUUCAAUCCUAUAGCGAAAAAAGUCUCGCUAACACUGGUUUACUGCGGGAUUUUCGUUUUCUCAUUGGCGGGAAAUAGUUCCAUAGCCAUUAUCGUGUUCAAGUCUCGAGCCAUGAGGAAACCCAUUAACUUUUUAAUCGUAAACAUGGCCAUGUCUGAUCUGCUUUAUGCGAUUUUCGUAGUUCCGCCAAACCUGGUAGGAGUGUACGCCGAAACCUGGCUAGGGGUUGGACUAUUCGGCGAGGUUUCGUGCAAGCUAGUCGAGUUCUUGAUUUACGUUUCUGCCUCUGUGUCAGUUCAGAGCUUAGUUCUUAUAGCAGUGGAUCGAUUUGGAGCUGUGGUAUUUCCUCUUCGACCUCCACUCAUGACUUCAAAGUUGUGCUCUUUCUUCAUUGUUACUACUUGGAUCAUCUCACUCGGUAUCUACUCCCCUUAUUUUCUUGGGAGCCACCUGGUUAUGAAUCGUCAUGGCAAACUCAUUUGUGCGACUCUUUUUAGUGAGGUCUUAAACGAAGUUUUCGUGUCCUUUACUUACGAAACGGUAGUUCUGAUCCUUUUACGCUGUAUUCCUUUGGUUUUGAUAGCUAUAGUAUACAUAGUUAUCUAUUUCAAACUCAGACGACAGAACGUGCCCGGCGAAAGAUCCAUCAACGGUGGUGAUCAACACAGAAAGAGAGAAAGAAAAGUACUAAAGAUGUCCGUUGCUAUCGUGCUGGCGUUUGCAAUAUGUCUGUUGCCCUUGAGUAUCUUCAGAAUUGUCGUAAAAUACGUACAGAUCGUACCUUCUUGCGGGUGGCAUCGCUUCCUCCUCGCUAGCACUCUUUUGGCUCUUUCAAACAGUGCUGUGAACCCUUGCAUUUGUUUCGUUUUUAGUGGAAAUUAUCGUCAAGGGCUAAAGAACCUGGUCAGCUGCUUUUCCACAGAAUUGAGGGCUAAUCAAGUCCCGUGCAAUCAAGUAGAACCUACCACAACUAUUGAAUUAAGAUUUUUUAGCCGCACCUAGUGAGGAAGGAGAAUAGGCUGAAGAAGAAGAAGAAGAAGAAGAAGAAGAAGAAGAAAGAAGGAGGAGGAGGAGGCAGAAUUUUACGGGAAAUUAAGUUUUGAAUUUCCUUGUAUAGCUUAUCGCGUUCUUCUACUUCAAAAAAGAGAAACGUUUGCUUUUUUUAAAUCAAAUAGAUUUGAAGAUGUUUGUAGAGGCAGGAGUGCCAGAAAUAUAUUCUUGAGCCUUCGAGUUAAUUAAGUUUCUCAGAGGUUGGCACAACGUCAACUCCUCACCCUGAGGUGCACAUUUUAAACAAAACAACCAGCUUGUUUAUACCCCUACCAGCUGGAAUUUUGGCAAAUAUCCAUGCUUUAUUUGAUGUAUUUGUUUGCGCAUUUACAUUCUCCACAAUAAGCAAAGUGGACUGAGAAGCCCCGGUGGGAGGGGGAGAGGACAACGGUGAGAAAGGUGCCAAUAUUCAGCAACGACACAGUCAACAGUCAGUUAUAACGGAUAUUAACUUUCUUUUUAGGGCUUUUUAUUUAUUUAUUCAUUUGUUUAUUUAUGGUUUUUUUGGCAUAAAACAUAUCGCAGCUGUGUUGA